AUGGAUUCAGAGGAAGAGUACAUGUCCAACAUGUCCACCGACGACGAAAUCAUGCAAGAGUACAGCGGUGAUGAGGUGUCGGCGGGUGAAGACUUCGACGACGAAGACUUUGAAGAGCCAGAUCCCGACUUUGGCCUCUCCUCCAAGGAUCUCGAAAGGACGAGACGGCAGGCCCACGUCAUACCCUUCAAAGUCUUCCAGCCUGCCGACAUCCAGCGCCAGCAGGAUGACAUGAUCAACGAGGUCAACAUGAUUCUCGACAUGCGUAAGGAGGACGCCGCCAUCCUCCUCCGCUACUUUCGAUGGAACAAAGAGCGUCUGCUCGAGGACUACAUGGAUAGGCCCGACCAGGUGCUCGAAGCUGCCGGCCUGAGCAACAACUCGUCUGCCUUGCCAAAGCUCGAGGCCAUCCCGGGCUUCAUGUGCGACAUUUGCUGCGAAGAUGACCAGGGACUUCAGUCCUUUGCCAUGAAGUGCGGCCACCGGUAUUGCGUCGACUGCUAUCGCCACUACCUGACGCAGAAGAUCCGGGGCGAGGGAGAGGCAGCGAGGAUCCAGUGUCCCUCGGACGGCUGCGGCCGCAUCCUCGACACCCGGUCCCUGGAUCUGCUCGUCACGGCCGACCUGACGGACCGCUACCGUGACCUACUCAACCGCACCUACGUCGAGGACAAGGACGUAUUUAAGUGGUGCCCUGCUCCCGACUGCCCCAAUGUGAUCGAGUGCGGCGUCAAGAGGAAGGACCUGGAAAAAAUCGUCCCCACGCCUGCCCCCUGCGAUCUCGUCAAGAAGUGGCUCAAGAAGUGUGCCGACGACUCCGAGACGGCCAACUGGAUAUCUGCCAACACAAAGGAGUGUCCCAAGUGCAGCUCGACGAUUGAGAAGAACGGCGGAUGCAACCACAUGACGUGCCGCAAAUGCAAGUACGAGUUUUGUUGGAUGUGCAUGGGCCUCUGGUCGGAGCACGGGACAAGCUGGUACAACUGCAACCGGUACGAGGAGAAGAGCGGCUCCGAGGCUCGCGACGCCCAGGCCAAGUCUCGCACGUCGUUGGAGCGCUAUCUGCACUACUACAACCGCUACGCGAACCACGAGCAAUCGGCCAAGCUGGACAGGGACAUUGCCCAGAAGACGGAGAAGAAGAUGGUGCAGCUGCAGACCACGUCCGGCAUGUCGUGGAUUGAGGUGCAGUAUCUCAACUCGGCAUCCCAGGCCCUUCAGACCUGCCGCCAGACGCUCAAGUGGACAUACGCCUUCGCCUUCUACCUGGCCAAGAACAACCUGACGGAGAUUUUCGAGGACAACCAGAAGGACCUCGAGAUGGCUGUGGAGAACCUGUCAGAGAUGUUUGAAAAAUCCAUCCAAGAGUUGGCGGAACCCAAGCUCAAGGUAGACAUUAUGGACAAGACAUCGUACUGCAACAAGCGUAGAGUCAUCUUGCUUGAGGACACGGCCGACAACCUCGUCAAAGCCAAAUGGACCUUCAACGCGGAUCUGACCCAUCCCAGCCUCGCCGCCGCCGCCCCCCGCCGUUGA